CGCAGCCUAGCGCCCGGUUCGUCUCCCUCCGCCGCGUUCCGGGCCUAAGCGGGAGCGGCGGGGUGAGCGGCAGAGGGUGUCCCGGGACGGCGGCAGAGGCGGAGGGAGACACGGGGGCCUUGGGGGUCGCUAGCUAGGGGCCGCAGCGGCAGAGGAGCCCGCGGGCGGGGCAGCCGAGUUCCCGGAGGCCCCGCCUGAGCGCGCGCGGAGGAGCCCGAAAGCAGGAUGGCGGCGUCGGCCCUGUAUGCCUGCACCAAGUGCACGCAGCGCUACCCCUUCGAGGAGCUGUCGCAAGGCCAACAGCUCUGCAAGGUCGGUGGACACCGGGCGCUCGGCGCACCGAUCCGCUCCGGGUCCCGGGCAUCAGGAAUGUCGGAUUGCACAUCCUAUUGUAAAAUGUACUUACUGCAGAUCAGAAUUUCAGCAGGAGAGCAAAACUAACACAAUUUGUAAGAAGUGUGCUCAAAAUGUCAAGCAGUUUGGAACGCCCAAACCUUGUCAAUACUGUAACAUAAUUGCAGCAUUUAUUGGUACCAAGUGUCAGCGUUGCACCAAUUCGGAAAAGAAAUAUGGACCACCUCAGACCUGUGAACAGUGUAAACAGCAGUGUGCUUUUGAUCGGAAGGAGGAAGGAAGAAGAAAAGUCGACGGGAAGUUACUGUGCUGGCUCUGUACCUUAUCAUACAAGAGAGUUUUGCAGAAGACAAAAGAACAAAGGAAGAGUUUGGGGUCUUCACAUUCCAAUUCUUCAUCUUCGUCUCUCACUGAGAAAGACCAGCACCAUUCGAAACACCACCACCACCACCAUCACCACCACCAUCGCCACAGCAGUGGCCACCACAAAAUCAGCAGUCUAAGUCCUGAGCAGGAGCAAGGAAUGUGGAAACAGAGCCAUAAAUCUUCGGCAGCAAUUCAGAAUGAAACUCCAAAGAAAAAGCCCAAGUUGGAAUCUAAGCCAUCUAAUGGAGAUAGUAGCUCUAUAAAUCAGUCAGCAGAUAGUGGGGGAACAGACAAUUUUGUCCUUAUAAGUCAACUGAAAGAAGAAGUGAUGUCACUUAAGCGUCUCUUACAGCAAAGAGACCAGACUAUUUUAGAGAAAGAUAAAAAGUUAACGGAGCUGAAGGCAGACUUUCAGUACCAAGAGUCAAAUUUGAGAACUAAGAUGAACAGUAUGGAAAAAGCUCACAAAGAAACUGUGGAACAACUUCAGGCCAAAAACAGAGAACUACUCAAACAGGUUGCAGCCUUGUCAAAGGGUAAAAAGUUUGACAAGAGUGGAAGCGUGCUAACAUCUCCCUGAGAAGGUCACUUGUGUAGCGUGUCUGCUUGACAGUGUAUAUUUGAGGGGUCCUGUGAAGCCCUUAUGUUCUGUGCAGUGGAAAAUAUUUUUACAUGCCAAGUAUAUUGGUGUGUUUCCUAUUCACUUUUAUAAUUGACACAGCAUUUUUUUAAGUUGUAAACAUGCAGAUAAAACUUCAGCUGGUUUGGAGUGACUUCUUAAUUCUUUGAUACCUAGAACUUUUUUCUAGCAAUAGUAUUAAAGGUUGUGGAGUGCACAUGUGUGCACUAUAUAAAAUGCAACAUGCAAUAAUGGAGUGGUUAGAAGAACAGCAGCAGGGUUUUGUGUUUUGCUUUUGUUUAACACUAUGCUGAUUUCAGAUAAAUAGUUUUCAAUUUAGAAAUGCAAAACUUUUAAACAUGGAAAAUGGUGAACACUGGUUUUUUGGGAAUUGUAUUUUUACUUCGCAUCAACAUAAAUUUAGAGAAUCAUGGUGCUUUUAUUAAAAGAGCUUCAGAGUAUAUGUAAAUAUGUUUUUAAAAGUUACAUCACUAACAUUAGUUUAGUAAUCUAACAUUUCAUUGCUGUUAUAGGAUUGAUGUUUACUGUACAGCAUCCAAGAUAAAAUGUGUUUUGUUUUGUAAAAACUGUAGAUUUUUACUUACAAGUGCCUUUUGCCACCUAAUGUUUUUAUUUAUAGGAAUGCUGAACUUUUGUACAUAUGGUUUGUUUAAAAAUCAUGUUAAUACAUGUUUGUAUAUAAGUGCAUAUGUACAGAACCCAAUUUCAAAAAGAAAUCAAUUGUCAAGACUUCAUAUUAAGAAUUAACUGAUAAUGCAUAUAGACUUAAGUGAUUUUGUGCUUUGUUUCUGUAUCAUAAGGGAAACUAUUGGUCAUUGAGUUCAUUUAAUUAUGUUGAAAUACUGUCCUAAAGAUUUAAUUUUAACUCCACUUUGAUAGAGUGAUUUUAUUUUUAUGUUGUGUGGCUUCACGUUUAUAUUUUGUGAGUUACAUGUUUUACUUUAUUUUUAUAUGGAAUUUCUUUAAAAUUUAUAAUGUUUCUAUAACAGUCCAUAUAUCUGCUUUUUUUAUAAUGUGUUGCUAAGUUAAUAUUUAUGUACACCAUACCUAGUUUGUAAAUUUAAUACAAAUCUGGAAAAUUAAAUAACUUUUUAUAAUCAAAUCUGUACUUAGGUCUGAAUAAUUGAAAUCUGUAAGAUUCAGACACUAUUUAUAAGUAAUUUGUCUCAAAGUAUAAAAUUGUCUAUAAAGGAGUACAAUAGUAUGGAAUAGAUUCUGUGAAAUUGCAAAUUAGCUUCUGAACUCCAGUGGUUUUAAGCCAGUAACCGAAAUUGAUUAUUUUAGUUCUGGUUUCAAGAUGAAUUUUAAAACUAAAGGCAUUGCUAGAAACAACAUAUGGCUUCUUUUUCUUAGAAAUGUGCAGUUAAACUUCUUUGAAUCAGUUCUGAAAGUUUUGUUUUUAGAUAAAAGUUUAUAAUGGUCUUCAUAUCAAAGAUUAAUGUUCUUAAAGCGUACGUUAUUAUAACAAUUCUUUUUAAAUUAUUCAAGUUUUAGUAAACUUCCCACAGUUGUUUACUACAAGUGAAGGCAAAUCUACCCAUUUGCAAACACAUAGUUUUCAAGUAACAGUAAGAUUGAAUGGGUCAGAUUUGGAAAAAGCAAGGCAGUCUGUUGUUAUGAGGCCCUCACAAAUAAUGUUAAUUUAUUAUACUCUUCUCAACCAUAGGAGAUAAUGCCUUAAUGUGGAUGCUACGUUUGGAGGAUUUACUGCAUUCAGAAAGUAGUCAUUACUUUGCUUUAAAUUUUGUAAUUAUUUGUAUUACAGUUUCCUGGCCAUUUUUCAAUCCACAGUAGUCACAAUUCUAAAUGAACUAUAGUAGUUCUGGUACUUUAUUGGAGACAAUAGAAACGGAAUCCGCCCGUCCUUCUUUAACUGACAUGGAAACUGAGAAUCAGCUGAAAAUGGUGAAGCUUUGUAAAGUGCAAGGCCGAAACCUAAAUUUAGGGACUUCAGGCUGUUCAUUUCUAAUUAGACAAACUCUUUACUUCCAUGACCUUAUUUUAUAACUUUUCUUUUUGCAGUUGUAUAAAUUAGUAAUUGAGUCCCAAUCCCAGAUAUGUAGUGUGUUGACCGAAUGAGUUGAUACCCUUUAAAUGUGGACCUGUCCAGAGAUACUAUGGUGUGCUGUGUUGUGCUUUUAGCCUGUUCGCUGCAGUUAGCAUAGCCCAGUGAGGGCCAUUUGAGCUCCAAUUAUCAUGUAUUAAUAGCCUGUGAAUAUUAAGGUCAUCUUUAGAGUGUAUUGGUCUAAAUAUGCAUUUUACAAUGAACCUGUUAAUGCUGGUCACAUGUAUAAAUUAAUGAAAUGCUGUACCUGUACACAUCUGACUGUUGACAUUUUGUACUUUUUUUCUAAACCCAACUAUUUCACAAUAAAAAAAUAUGCCAAA